AUGUCGACCAAGUCCAGGGGAGUGAAGUCUGCAUCCAGAUGUUCCUCUAGCUGCUUCUGGGCUGUCUGGAUCACUGCAUCAGUGAAGCCAUCAUAUGACACCACCUCUUCCUCAGCAUCCUCCUCAUCGCAGGCUCCACCCAAGGCCUUCCUCCAACAGUUCCUCACUGUAGCCUCAGAGACUGCCUCCCAGGCCUUGGCUGUCUGGAAGGAGUCCUUCAGGGUCAGCUACUUCAGAUACGGCCCAUCUGGUGUUCUCGGGGUGCUGGCUGCUGGGUGGGUGCUGCAGUUGUCCAACAGCAAGACUGCCUUCUCUGGUAAGGUUCCUCAAGCACAGGUGCCUCCUCACACUGGGGACAAAGCCCUUGAAGAUCUCUGCAAUCAUCCAGCUACUCACAGAGUUGGAAUACAGCACCAGGAGGGUGGCUAUAUUCAUGUGGUGGAGCCACCUAGGGGACCAGAAUUUCCCCAUUGCCAAGGCCUUCACCUUGUGGGUCCUAGUAGCAUUGCAGGGUAUAUGGAACAAAUUCACAGAACUCAUGACUAUUUGGUAUUAGUUUACUGUCCAGAAUAUCACUCUGUAGUUCAAUCUCCCUACGUGAUGGCAGAUGUCACUGUUCUGGUUGAUAUGAUGAAAGAAGAAGAAAAACAAGUCAAGGCUCAGCUGGAGAAAUUUGGUGAAAUGCUCAAAAAUGCUGGUGUUGGAGGUAAGGUGAAGAGUGUCAACGGACGACCCGGAGAAGUGAUUGUAAAUGUGGCCAAAGAAGAGGGUGCUACUCUGAUUGUCACUGGUACCCGUGGGAUGGGCACUAUUAGACGCACCUUAGUCGGCAGCAUCAGUGACUAUGUUAUCCACCACUCUCCGGUUCCUGUUUUAGUCUGCAGAUCAAAAGAACUUCACCACCAACACCACAACUAA